GCUCGCCUAGGAAAGGAUAACUUCCGGAAAGAAACCAUCAGUGGGAAAACACGUAGAUUUACAUGAUUUGCAUAUUUUUCUAGAACAAUGAAGUGGUUUGAAGGAGCUAUUCCCGAAGCUAUACAAGCAGCAAAAGUUAAAAACAGUAUUUUUAUUGUCUACAUCGCAGGUGAAGAUGACUUGUCAAAACAGAUGAAUGCCACAUGGGAAGACACACAAGUUACUGAAUUAUGUGAACAAGAAGGUUGCGUUGCUGUCAAGAUCAAAGCCAACAGUGAUGAGUGUGGCUUUUUCUCACAGAUCUACCCUGUUGUAGUUGUUCCAUCAACAUUUUUUAUUGGUGCUAAUGGCGUCCCUCUGGAGGUGACCGGGGGUUACCUAGGAGAAUCAGGGUUCCUGGAUAAGGUCAAGUCUGUCGUACAGACACAUCAGGUCAAGUCACCAUCAUCUCCAGCAACACCAGCUAAUGUCCCUCCAUCAGAGCCAAGCCGGUCGGAGCCUGCGGCUGCAGCAGCUGCAGCAUCACAGGUUACUGAGCCUGCAGCAGCAUCAACCUCUGUGUCUGGGGAGGGAGAUGAUGGUGUCGAGAGUCAAGCCAAGAUACCAAAGCUUGACCAUGAGAGUAAAGUAGAGAAAGCCACGAUGAUAAUUGAACAGAAGAGGUUGGAGAAGAGGAAGCAAGAGGAGGAGGAAGCCAAGAAGAAGGAGAUGGAGCGGAUCAAGCUGGGGCAAGAGGUCCAGAAGCUGAAACAGUUCCAGCAGGAUCGUGAGCUGAAAGAAACAGCACAACAGCUGAAAAAGGACAGGGAAGAUGACAAAAAGGCUCGAGAGCGGAUUAAGGAGCAGAUCGCCAGAGACAGGGCAGAGAGAGCAGCCCGCUUCAACAAGGAGAAGGCAGAUAGGGAGAAGACCCAAGAGGAGGCAAAGCGGGCCAAGCUAAUGGCCCAGCAACAAGCAGCAGCAAAGGCGGAGGCUGAAAGAAGACAGGCAAGAAUACAGUUCCGUUUACCUGAUGGUUCCUCAGUAACCCAGCAGUUCCCAUCUCGAAACAACCUACAAGAAGCCUACAACUUUGUGUCACAACAUGUUGGAAGUACAGUGACCCUUUCAACAACGUUUCCGAGACGAACAUUCUCUGAUGCCGACAUGUCACUGACAUUUGCUGAUCUGCAGCUGGCUCCUUCCUCCGUCGUCAUGGUUAUGCCAGGCCCCAUAUCUGUGCGCGCUGAUUUCAACCAAGUUUGUUUUGGCCUGGCAUUUAAAUUACACAAAUCCCCGAGCUGUGUGAUCAGACGUUCCGAGGUAGUACCGACUCUGCGUGGUCCCAGCAAACGACGCCUCGGCGAGUGA